UUCUGGACGGCGACUCUGAAUUUUCGAUAGAAAUCCCCCCAAAAAAACUGCGACGGAAUCACACAGAGAGAGAGCGCCAAAUCGGAGAUCCCCGUCGGAAAAAAUGGCGGCCGCCGGAAAAUCAGCGCCGACGGGGUGCUACAAGUGCGGUCUGCCGGGCCACUGGUCCCGCGACUGCACGGCCGAUCCCGUCCAGAGCUCGAACCCUAACCCUAGACCUACGCUCCCUCCUUCUUCGUCGAUCCCCCGUUCCGGCGGCGCAGCAGCGGCAGCUCGGGCCGCCGGCUCCGAAGACAAGCCGGCGAAGCCGAAGAAGGUCCCCGCGAAGCGGCCCAAGCUCACGCCGGAGCUCCUCCUCUCCGACGACGGCCUCGGUUACGUCCUCCGCCACUUCCCUCGCAACUUCAAGUACCGCAGCCGCGGCAACGAGGUUAGCGAUCUGGGAAACUUAAUUGGCAUGUACCGGGAUUGGCACUCUCAUUUGAUUCCCUAUUACUCAUUUGAUCAGUUUGUUCAUAAGGUAGAACAAGUGGCUGCCACAAAUCAAGUAAAGAGAUGCAUCAGAGAAUUAAGGGAGAGAGUAGCUAGUGGUGGGGAUCCAACAAAGUUGCAUGAACCACCUCCACCCAAGGAAGAUGGUGUAAACGACGAUCAAGGACUUUCAACACCUUUUGAAUUCAUGGAUGCUGAGGAACCAACACAAAAUGAGAGAGAAUCGUUAAAUAACGCCAAUGCCAAUGACUUACCAGAAGACAUACUUGAUGAGAUCUAUGAGAAAGCAAUUGAAGAUCCACCUCCAACCUCACAAGGACACGAUGUCUUGGAUUCAGCAAAUGAAUCACAGAAACAAGACUCAAAUACGGUGACUAGUAAUUCUACCAAUAGCCAGAUCUCAGAUGAGCAAAAGGCUCGCAUGGAACUCAGCAGACUGAAGGCAUUGGAGAAGGCUGCAGCUCGUUCCCAUUUGCAACAAGGAAGCUAACUUGGGCUAUGUGUAUUGUUUUUCCUCCAAUGCUACCUUUUGCUUGUGAUGGACAUGGUACAUUGGAAGCUCUAGAUAAUCUGGGAAAGUGUGGUAGCGAUGAAAUUUUUGAUUAUCUUGAUUUGUGACUUGUCCCUUACAGGAUGUGAAGUCAAUUACUUAUUCAAAUGAUCCAAAUCUUUUGCUUUUUUUCCAAGCAAGAAGAAUGGAUCGUUCUACAUGGUGAUCUCAUUGUUGCAAUUUUGUUUAAGCUAAGACUCUAAUUGGA